AGUGCGGGGAGUACAAUGACAGUUUUCCUUUCCUUUGCUUUCCUCGCUGCCAUUCUGACUCACAUAGGGUGCAGCAACCAGCGCCGAAGUCCAGAAAACGGUGGGAGAAGAUACAACCGGAUUCAACAUGGGCAAUGUGCCUACACUUUCAUUCUUCCAGAACACGACGGGAACUGUCGUGAGAGUACGACAGACCAGUACAACACAAAUGCUCUGCAGAGAGAUGCUCCACACGUGGAACCGGAUUUCUCUUCCCAGAAACUUCAACAUCUGGAGCAUGUGAUGGAAAAUUAUACUCAGUGGCUGCAAAAACUCGAGAAUUACAUUGUGGAAAAUAUGAAGUCGGAGAUGGCCCAGAUACAGCAGAAUGCGGUUCAGAACCACACGGCCACCAUGCUCGAGAUAGGAACCAGCCUCCUGUCUCAGACUGCAGAGCAGACCCGAAAACUGACAGAUGUUGAGACCCAGGUACUAAAUCAAACUUCUCGACUUGAAAUACAGCUGCUGGAGAAUUCAUUAUCAACAUAUAAACUAGAGAAGCAACUUCUUCAACAAACAAAUGAAAUUCUAAAGAUUCAUGAGAAAAACAGUUUAUUAGAACACAAAAUCUUAGAAAUGGAAGGAAAGCACAAGGAAGAGUUGGAUACCUUAAAGGAAGAGAAAGAGAACCUUCAAAGCUUGGUUACUCGUCAAACAUACAUCAUCCAGGAGCUGGAGAAACAAUUAAACAGAGCCACCACCAACAAUAGUGUCCUUCAGAAGCAGCAGCUGGAGCUGAUGGACACAGUCCACAACCUUGUCAACCUUUGCACUAAAGAAGGUGUUUUACUAAAGGGAGGAAAAAGAGAGGAAGAGAAAUCAUUUAGAGACUGUGCAGAUGUAUAUCAAGCUGGUUUUAAUAAAAGUGGAAUCUACACUAUUUAUAUUAAUAAUAUGCCAGAACCCAAAAAGGUAUUUUGCAAUAUGGAUCUUAAUGGGGGAGGUUGGACUGUAAUACAGCAUCGUGAAGAUGGAAGUUUGGAUUUCCAAAGAGGCUGGAAAGAAUAUAAAAUGCUUGGGUCUUAUAGUGGCUUGUUGAAAGGGCUGAGUUCAAAGAAGAGAGAAAAUAAUGAAAAAGGCAAACAUUCAACAAGUUGUUCUUCUGGGUUCUGUUAUUCUGUCAAAUGGCUUAUCUCUCUCUCUCUCUCUUUUUUUUUUUUUAAUUUCAGGUUGUAUUUAAAGGGUCACACUGGGACAGCAGGAAAACAGAGCAGCCUGAUCUUACAUGGUGCUGAUUUCAGCACCAAAGAUGCGGAUAAUGACAACUGUAUGUGCAAAUGUGCCCUCAUGCUCACAGGAGGUUGGUGGUUUGAUGCUUGUGGCCCCUCCAAUCUAAAUGGAAUGUUCUAUACUGCGGGACAAAACCAUGGAAAACUUAAUGGGAUAAAGUGGCACUACUUCAAAGGGCCCAGUUACUCCUUACGUUCUACAACGAUGAUGAUUCGACCUUUGGAUUUUUGA